CCUCAUAAACAUCACAGUUCUACUCCGCGAAUGCGGCGAGUGCACACAUACUUAACCUCAAAAUGUUUUAAUAUUAUAAACAAAAGAAAAUGAAGUGUGUAAUUGUUUUUGUGUGUGUGUUUUUACUGUGCGUGUAUGUUAAUGAAGGGAAAGACUUCAUUGUGGGUACUAGAGCAAACAAUUUGUUGAUAUCUACGGAAAAGGUGAAAUAUAGAGGACUACCGUUGAUCAGGAGAGACAAGGAUUACACCUACAUCGACCCAAAGGAGAGGAUCAUUAAGGGGAUCAUCGCUCGCGACCUCUCGCGGACCGAUACGGAAGUAUCAGUGGUGUCCGGCGGCGUGGGCGCAACCAACGUGACCCUCCACCUCACUAGCGGCAGAGGAGAAGAACUCAACUACCUUAUACUAAUAUUCAGCCGGAACAAUGAUAUAUAACACGUAUAUUUAUCUAAUACACAGUUGAAAGUAU